AUGUGGAAAGCUUUGGUGCUGGCUGUGUGUCUCCUGGUGGCCAGGGUUCAGCCCAUGGAUGACCCAGCGUAUGGGGUGAAGCUAUGUGGCCGUGAGUUCAUCCGGGCAGUCAUCUUCACUUGUGGAGGCUCACGAUGGAGACGGUCAGUCAGGAGUGCAGAUGUUUCAGAGGACCCAUUCAGCUCCCGGCAGGAGGAGUCCUCAGAGAGCUUGAGUCACAACUCUGUGAUAGAGAGUCUUAUCCAAAGGAACAGAGAUCUAAGCUUCACACCUGGAGACAACCAGGAGGGAGUGUUCAGCAGGCCGGCCCGUUCUUUCAUCACCGAGGAGAUUCUGGAAGCCCUUCGCAAGGCUGACCGCAAGGGCCGGGAUGUGGUGGUCGGCCUGUCCAACGCCUGCUGCAAGUGGGGCUGCAGCAAGAGUGAGAUCAGCUCCCUUUGCUGA